AUGAGAGCUUUCAUCCCGUGUUUCAGUCGCAGCCGUCGUCGUUUGGUCUCCAGCAUUGCAGUUUGCCCAGUCACGUGCGCCUUCCAUUCGUUCGGUAGGCCGCGAAGCACGCCACUACAGUAUGGCAUUAAAGAUCGCAUACGGGGGCCCUUGAGCACUCUACAGUAUCGACCACAUUACUCUAAUCCGUUGAGACACGAUGAACCGACCAUAUAUGCCCUAUCCACCGCUUCUGGGAAGGCAGCCAUAGCCGUCAUUCGCGCUUCAGGUUCGGCAUGUACAAAGAUAUACCAGGGACUCUGUCCAUCGACUGUCUCGCCGAAGCCUCGUUAUGCUGCCCUCCGCAAGCUCUAUCGUCCUCAUCUACCACCCUCACCCGCGACAUUGCUCGACUCUGGCGCACUCGUCCUAUACUUCCCCGCACCGAAUACCGUCACUGGUGAAGAUGUCCUCGAGUUGCACGUUCAUGGCGGCCCAGCUAUUGUUCGCGCAGUCUUAGCAGCCAUACCUGAGUGCGCUAGGGCACCUGAGGCCUCUCACAUAGCCACGGCUUCGAUUCGGUACGCAGAGCCUGGCGAAUUCACGCGUCGCGCCUUCGCCAAUAACCGUAUGGACCUACCCCAGAUCGAAUCCCUGGGCGAGACACUGUCUGCCUCGACGGAACAGCAACGUAAACUAUCGGUCCGCGGCACAACAUCUUCGCUAGCAGUGCGAUAUGAGCAUUGGCGCAUGCUGUUGCUGCAGGCGAGAGGCGAGCUGGAGGCCUUGAUCGACUUUUCAGAGGAUCAGCAUUUUGACGAGUCCCCUGCUGUACUAUGUGCGUCUGUUGCACAUCAAGUCCGCAGUUUGCGCGUUCAGAUGGAAGCACACGUUACCAACGCUGUUCGUGGAGAAUUGCUACGUAAUGGUAUUAGUGUGGCUCUGCUUGGGGCGCCUAAUGCCGGGAAGAGCAGCUUGCUCAACCGCAUUGUCGGAAGAGAGGCGGCCAUUGUAUCGCAGGAGGCUGGCACAACCAGAGAUAUCGUAGAAGUCGGUGUCGAUCUGGGCGGUUGGCUUGUCAAGAUUGGAGACAUGGCUGGUCUGCGUAGGGCUGGCCUUGUAGGAGCGGAUGUUGUGGGUACAGUCGAGCAAGAAGGCAUCAAGCGCGCUAAGCACCGAGCGCUCGAGUCUGACGUCCUGAUCGUUGUCCAAGACGCCACAACCGAGAUGGAUCCCGAGGUUAUGGACACAGCGAAGCAGUGCGUAGAUCUCGGAAUCAAUGUGAUAGUCGCUGUCAAUAAGAUCGAUCAACUCGAGGCUAUCAACAGCGCACAGGAGGCCUGGAAAGCCAAGCUCCAGUCUGCAUUGGGCAUCUCCCCGGAUCGCGUGUGCUACAUCUCUUGCAAAGAAGCCUCGUCACCAGAUGCUGGCAAUCUGCCGUCUUUCCUCAACACUCUCCUCGAUACCUUCAAGGAUAUGACUUCCGCCCUGGUUCCAGAUUCGGAGCCCGACCCAUCGAUCUGGCAGGAGUCGCUAGGCGCAACCGAGCGUCAACGUGUGCUUCUUACCGAAUGCCUUGGUCACCUCGAGACCUUUCUGACCACCGCGGCGCCACAAGCCACAAAUUCCUUGCCAGGCGUGCACGUCCUCGGCGAUGAAGCAGACGAGGUCGACAUUGUGGUCGCCGCAGAAUCCCUGCGCUCGGCCGCCGAAGCACUAGCCCGGAUAACAGGCAAGGGUGAGAGCGGCGACGUGGAGGAAGUGCUUGGGGUCGUUUUCGAAAAGUAA